AUGUUAGUCACAACACCAACCGAGCAAAUGUUUGAAGCCAUGAUCAAGGCAACUAGGGGUGAUGACGUUUUCGGUGAAGAUCAUUCUACAAAUGAUUUAGAAGCUUUUGUCGCGCACCUGACGGGACAUAAGGCAGCCUUGUUCAUGACUUCAGGAACGAUGUCAAAUCAAAUAGCGAUUCGUUCUCACCUCUCCCAACCACCUCAUUCGAUCUUGUGCGACUCUCGUUCGCAUAUUUAUGCAUUCGAAGCCGGCGGUAUCGCCUAUCAUUCUCAGGCUCAGGUGACCCCGCUCAACCCCAUCAAUAAGAUGCACCUAACAUUUGGUGAAGUCUCGUCCAACAUUAUUUGCACUGAUGACAUUCAUUAUGCGCCCACUCGUGUAAUUUCUUUGGAGAAUACGUUGAAUGGAUUGAUAUUACCACUUAACGAGAUUAAAAACAUCUCAGAAUUAGCUAGAAAGAAAGGAAUCAAGAUGCAUUUGGAUGGUGCAAGAAUUUGGAAUGCUUCUGCGGAAACAGGAAUCAAGUUGAGCGUAUAUGGCGAAUAUUUCGAUUCGAUGACUUUAUGCUGUUCCAAGGGUAUCGGAGCACCCAUCGGAUCUGUGCUGGUGGGGAAUGAGGAGUUCAUUAAGAAAGCUAGGCAUUUGAGAAAGUUGUUUGGCGGGGGUUGGCGUCAAUCCGGGUUGCUGGCGUCCGCCGCAAAAUUUGCAAUUGAAUCAAAUUUUCCUCACAAACAAAAAGAAUCUCACAUAUUGGCUCGUCGACUCGCCACUGGGCUUCAUGGAUAUGGUAUUCUCAUUACUCAACCGGUCCACACAAACAUGGUGUUCAUCGACACCACUGCUGUUAAUGUCACCAUCGACACUCUCACCGAACACCUGGCAUCUCGUGGGAUUCGGAUAUGCGGCGAUAAUCAGAGUAACACCGCUCGCCUGGUAACUCACUACCAGAUCACCCCUCGGGCUGUCGAAGAAUUUUUACAAGUUGUGGGCGAGGUUGUUAAAAAGACAAUUUAA